UUGAGUUCCACAUUGGUGGUCGUACGGGUUAUGACACAGUCUAGUUUUUAAAAUUACCGUAACUUUGUAACCGUGGAUGAUCGGACUUGUUAAGUAGGUUCUCACGGCGCUGACAGAAGCAAGGUGUUCAAAAUAAAUAUUUUGAAUGGUUCCUUGAUAUCUUGGAACAUAAAGAAGCUAAAUAUUCAUUGCAAUUUCCCAGCAUGGAUUCUGUUGUAUCCGAAGAUCACGAAUAUAUAAUGCCCAGGAGGGCCGUUACAUCCGUUGAGGACAUGCAAAUAUGGGAGAAGUCUGAAGCUUACUUUGAGUACUUGGGCUUCAUCAUGGCUAUCAAUGAGGCUGUGAAAGGGAAGUCUUUGUCAGUUGAAUGCCCAGAGAGUGAUGUGACAAAAGGAAUGGUCAAUCUACUUGAUAAAUUGGAUGUUUGGAUUGAAGAGACACCACCUAUAGAACAACCUCAGAGGUUUGGUAAUCAGGCGUUCAGGACAUGGUAUAAGAAAGUAAAGGAGGGAGCCGUACAACUUCUUCAGGAAGCACUUCCAGAGCAAUUCCACCGGGCAAUCCCAGAGAUUACGGUGUAUCUUUCAGAAGGAUUUGGUAACUCGACACGGAUUGAUUAUGGCACAGGCCAUGAGAUGUCAUUCAUUAUGCUCUUAUGUUGCCUUUUCAAAAUUGGGUCCUUGCUUGAGGAGGAUAGAGUAGCAGCUGUUACUCGUAUAUUCAACAGGUACCUUCUCCUUGUUCGUAAGUUGCAACUAACUUAUAGAAUGGAGCCAGCUGGCAGCCAUGGUGUAUGGAGUCUUGAUGAUUACCAGUUCAUUCCAUUUAUAUGGGGAAGUUCGCAGCUUGUUGCACACCCACGAAUUGAACCCAGGUCAUUUCUACAGGCUGAUGUUGUGGAAUCUUAUGCCAAAGAUUACAUGUUCAUCAGCUGCAUUGAGUUCAUUAAUAAGGUGAAAACUGGUCUGUUUGCUGAACACUCAAACCAACUUUGGAACAUCAGUGCUGUUCCUUCAUGGUCCAAAAUUAAUGGUGGAUUGAUUAAAAUGUAUAAAGCAGAAGUGCUAGCAAAAUUUCCAGUGAUUCAACAUGUUUUGUUUGGAUCCUUAUUGCCAUUUAAAAUUGCUCGGAACCCUCAUAACAUACGAAAUGUUCAGUUAAGUCUGACACCUCAACCCCCAUCAAGUUUUGCAGUGCCAUCAGCUACACAAGCCAUUAAAAAUACUGCAGCAAAAUGAGAAAAAAUCAAGAUUUUGUUACUAAGGUUAUUAACUGAAGCUGUAGUGUUGUAAUUACUUGAUUUGAUUUUUGUAUGUUUGAAGAUUGUGUUCUAUGAUGUAUUUUUUAAUUAACGGCUUUAAAAUAGAAAUUAGCUGUUUGAGAUACAUAUUAUCCGUGAACAAGAAUCAGUAACCUUUAUAUCUGUUCAGAUAUUAAAUACAAUAUUAAAGAUAUUUUUAAUUAACAUAUACAUUUCAGAUAUGUAACAUUUAUGAAGUAUUACUUUUUAUGUAUUAACUCUGCGCUCCAGUGUGCCAUUCCAGACCAUAUGUCAGUUUUAUAUUUAUUCAUUUAAAAAAUGUGAUUUCAGACUGUGAACAUUUCAAUAUAUACACACAUAAUUCUUGGCUUGAAAAUAUAUCAGUAUUUACUGUGUCA